UGAGGCGGCUCAAUCAGAUGUGUGUGUUCAGAGAAGCAGAAAUAGGUUUUAACUUUUAAAGCGUAUAAAUAAAUAUACAUUUAAAAUCACAUUGCAAAAAAAUGCAGAGAGAGAAAUAUUUGCCAGAACUGAUGGCAGAGAAAGAUACUCUGGAUCCAUCUUUUGUUCAUGCUACGCGUCUGCUGUCGGAAGAAAUUGAACAAUUUCAGGACAGUGACACAAAAAAGGAAGAAGAGAAGCAAUACCUUGAUAUUAUCAGCAACAAAAACAUUAAACUUGCCGAGAGAGUGCUGAUCCCAGUCAAACAGUAUCCAAAGUUCAAUUUUGUGGGGAAAUUGCUGGGACCACGAGGUAACUCACUGAAGAGGUUACAGGAAGAAACAGGUGCAAAAAUGUCAAUCCUGGGCAAAGGAUCAAUGAGGGAUAAAGCCAAGCAGGAAGAAGAACUGAGGAAAAGUGGAGAGGCCAAGUACGCACAUCUAGGCGAUGACCUCCAUGUGUUAAUUGAAGUCUUUGUCCCAGCUGGGGAGGCAUAUUCUCGCAUGAGCCACGCACUGGAAGAGGUGAAGAAGUUCCUAGUUCCAGAUUAUAAUGAUGAAAUCCGCCAGGAACAGUUGAGGGAACUCUCGUACCUGAAUGGUUCCGAGGAUUCGAGUCGAGGGCGGGGAACGCGUGGACGAGGACUUCGAACUCCCCUCACGCCAGCAGUGAGGGGACGUGCCAGUGCCCUCCUUCCCGGACGAGGGAUUCCUGUUCCCAGAGCGACCCCGGCGGCGCGUGGAGCUCCCCUUCCCCCCCACGCAGGCAGGAGCACUGCAGCCCCCCGCGGAAGGGGAGGACCAGGGGCCGCGGGCUAUCGGCCCCCACCCCCGCCAGAAGAGGCUACGUACGACGAAUACGGAUACGAUGAUGGCUAUGGAGGCGACUAUGAUGACCAAAGCUACGAUACCUAUGACAAUAGUUAUGCAAGUCAAGUGGAGAGUGGCCCUGAAUAUUAUGACUAUGGACAUGGAACAAGCGAAGAAACCUACGACAGUUAUGGUCAAGAAGAAUGGGUGGCUUCCCGGCCGAGUCUGAAAGCACCGAUCCCAAGGUCAAGAGGGACGUACAGAGAACACCCCUAUGGUAGAUAUUGAAGGCUGCCCUUGCCCUAUGACCUCAGCUCAAUGACUACAUGCGUGUCCUGUGGUCACCAUAUAAACAACUGCAAGACAAGUAAUAGUUCAUUUAUUUUCUUGCCUAGGGAUAGCUUUUCUCGGGUACCCUUGUGCACUCCUAUUUCCAAAAAACUUUAAUGGAAGUUGUCAUUAU